GGACUGAUUGUGGCUAUAAGACUCAGUAUAAGUAAAUCUUCCGUCUCUCUCUUUCGCUAUUCUCUCGAUAUCACAUCUUUCCGAUUCCUUCACGGUAUCACAUCUUCGACUGCACUCAGAUACGAGACAAUUCUGGCUUCUUUCAAAACUCUUGCUUUUCAAUACUAUCAUCCUUCUUCCAAGAUGCCUUUCGUCAACUCCCAGCAAAUGACAACGACCUCCAGAUCUUCUGCCAUGAAAGGCGUACCCGGUACGAUAUCAACGCCCUUGCCCAAUGCCUUCUACUGUUGCAAUUGCGGUCACGGUCCAUGGAAUUGCGUACUCUACGCGGCGUGUAUUCAAUGUGGCCAUCACUUCGGACCUUCGCAUUGCACCCCAACGUAUUUGCCGGAAGACAAUGCUGAGAAACCUCAAGCGCUUUCAAAAUCCCCUCGAGCCGACACCGUCGCUGCGCUAAAUAUCGCAUCCAUAGAAUCGGAUAGCGCACCGAGCUCUCCCGUAGCUCGUCCUCGGAUCCUAGGUGGCGAGAUUAUGGGAAUCACGCUCGACCCUUCUCGACCACACGCAAACUGCGAGACGGUCCCGGCACCUCAAGACGGAGAAUCCUACUGGUACUGCUGUAGUUGCUCGAACGGACCAAAUGCAGUGUCUCUGUACGCUGGUUGCGCCAUGUGCAACCACAAGCGCUGCUACAACUGCAACGUCGAGACCUUCUAGGCAUAAAGACGGAUACUUACUGGUCGUUAGCCUUUUCAGGUACCUACUUGAAGCGCGGAUUCUUUCUAGUCAAUCAGCAUUGGUUGCACUUUUCCUGCUUCUCCGUUGGAAUUACUCCUGCAUUGCAUCGGCGCCAUGGGAUUAACUGAACGAUAAAGAUGGGAAUGGCUAUUUGCGGGUGUUGGUUUUGGUUUUCGUUCAUUUCCACUUCUUUUGUUUGGCUACUAUCAUCGCUUUCUAUCAAUAUUCACAGCAAUUAUAGGAUGUGGACUCAUCGGGUGGAACAGAGCUUACUAUAAAGCAGC